AAGACCGUCCUUAUCCUUGUUCGGUAGUGUAUAGCUACCCUGCGGAGUGCCCUGAGUAACUAUUCCGAGGACGCCCUGUCCCCCGGCGGUCCACGGCCCUGUGACACCCUUUUCAAUGACGUCUCCAAAGCGACUUCACUUGCACCUAAUGAAGAGACCCAAAUACGAAGAUGCCCAAGGCUCCGAAUCCCUACUAGUAGAAACUCAGGACACUAAACCAAGUAGGUCGAGAGCCAGGAAAGGAGGGCUCUCCCUCUUACCCACCAUUAGCUUGGAUGUUCUUUUCGAAAUUUUCGGGUUCCUGAAACCGCUUGACCUCCUCAAUCUAGCUCGUACCUCUAAAGCUUUUCGGAAUUUACUUAUGCGAAAAUCGAACGCUUUCAUUUGGAGAGCCUCGCGGUCACUUAUCCCGAACCUCCCCGAAUGUCCACCAGAUCUGAGUGAGCCACAGUACGCUUGCCUUGCAUUUGAUCCACACUGUUACAACUGUCGUGGAAUCGGUUUCAAUAUCAUCUGGCAGUUUCGAGCAAAAUAUUGCGGGCCGUGUCUGAGAAUCCAUAUAAAUAUGGAGCCAGCAUAUUCAAAACCCGUCGUCACUCAGCUCUGUCCAAACUUAACUGAGCUUCUCCCAACAUAUAUAUUCCGUGACUUGCGCUUACGGUUCACGGAGAUGAUCCAAACAUCACAGUACGAGGCUCUCAGCCUUCGGCUCAACGGCUUGGAUUGUGCCGAACAAACGCUAGUCAUCGAAGAAACAAAGAAGGCCGUGCGUGCUAUUCGCGAGAUACGAGAGGGCCGAAAACAAAUCAUAAAGGAGUGGUUAGAAACAGAAGGGUGGAAACCUGAGAUCGAUUAUCAUACUUGGUGGAAAAUAUCCAAACAUCGUGCCAUCAAAGAUUCGCGGCCUCUUACUGCUCGAAUUUGGAGCCGCAUCCGCCCGAUUCUAACGGAAUAUAUGUCAGAAAUGCGAACCAUUCGCAUGGAAGAAACGCUUUAUAAUUCUCGUCGGAGGAUUCUCCUCCAGGCAUGGAACGAUUUCUUGGCUGAACCUGCAUCAUUUCCAAACACUGAUGUCGACGUAUUACCUCAUGUCGCUGACGUUGCGCGGUUCAAACUUUUCGACGACAUCAUCAAAUUACCUGCCCAUGUCGUAGUAGAGCGUGAUACCUUUUUACCGGCUUUUGUUGCUCUCCCUAACCUAGUGAGGAACUGGCGGAGACAGGUCGAUCAACAGCUCGCUGCAAUCAUCACCAAUGGGUAUCCAAAGGAAUAUGCGCCAGUUGGAGACAUUCGCCAACUUGCGACCAGUGUUUUUGUCUGCAACGCAUGCGAACAGCUCUUCUUCUGGAUUGAUGCUGUUGCACACAACUGCAGCCUUGAUUUUCCAAGGGGCUCAAGCAGAGAAAGGAAUGAUUCUUUUAAGGAACAAGUGGCCCGCAUCGCGUAUUAUUCGCUCGGUUCUUCUCCAUGGUCUCCGAAAUUCAGGUCUUCCACAGUACUUGCCAUUCAUGUCAUUCGCAGUUGCUGUCAGGAUCCUCGGACUGCUACACUUGCACACAUGGACAGCACAAGCACCCCGUUUUACUGUUUCGCAUGUCAUCCUGAUGGCAAGACUGUCAUGCAUUGGAGGAAGGGUCUCGAACACAAUCACUUACACAACAAUCAAGCUUCCGAAGGUAGCAAGUCGCGACUGCAAUCACAACUCCUAUCUGGGAAGCCGCCAAGAACAUAUCGGUGCCUUCUCUGUCGACGAAGUGUAGGUGCUGGUAGGCUUCUGCGAAGCAUAGCUUGCCACAUUGAGGAACAGCAUGGCAUAGGCAUUUUGAGUAUUCAUGAAGGAAUCCAUUAUGUGAAAGAAAUAGAUUCUAUCCCAGACCCUGUUACACUCUCAUGGAACAGUGGACCUGUCGUGGCGACCUGGUCAGAGCAAAAUUCAUACUUGUGAUGUAUUCUAUGCAUUAUUCUGUGUACAGCAGUUGUUAAUAUCAUAUGUCCAAUUCACCGGAAUGUUAUGUAACAGUGACAAUCUGACCCCUACCAUCUUUGAGUAUGACCAAUUCACACUCGAUUUUGUCCCCAGUAUCAAGACAGAUGACCUCAGUAGGAUCUAU